UCAGAGCAGCAGGCCAACCAGCAGCAGAAAGAAGAAGAGCAGAACCACCGAGGAGGACUGGGUGAAGGUGGAUGAAGAACCUCUGAGAGGACGGUGCUGAAUCUGGAUGGAUGUUCAGAGAUCGACUAUCAGACCUGGAUCAGCUGCUAAUCCCACCUCCUGUUGCUCAUCUGUAACCCAGCCGGCUUCAUUUGCUGUAAUUUAAAUAGCGUGUUAGCAUCACUGUGAAUUAGCAGUUCUUUAGCUUAGCCUAGCUUCAUGAAGCUCAGGAGAAAGUGUUGCUGAACUUAAUUAGCUGUUAGCACCACAGUUUCUUCUGAUGGAUCCAGACAAAGAAGAAGUUGACGUAUUUUUUGACCCAAUCCCUCUGCUACCAGAGGAGGAGGAGGAGGAAAGGGAGGAAGAGGAGGAAGAAGAGGAUGAGGAGGAAGAGGAGGAUGAGGAGGAAGAUGCAAAGAUCUUCAACGCUUGGAUGCAGCGGUACAGAGGUGGAGAACCUCAGAAGAAAUCUACUGAGGAAGAGGAGGAGGAGGAAGAGAAGUCAGAGGGAGGAAGACCUGAGAACAGAAGAAGCUUAGAACCUCCAGUCCGGAUGAAGAACGACCGCAGGGCGUCACUGCCAUGUCCGUCGACGCUCUCUGCCAUGCAGCUGUCUCGUCUGCACUCGUCCACUCGGGCUCCGUUAACGGCGAAGGUGUUGCUGCAUCGUUCAUCCUCCCGCCGCCUCCUUCCAUCCCCACAGGAAGCCACCGCCCCCACCGCUGAGCGAAGACCCUCCCUCAUACCCACAAUCCCAGAGGCCACGCCCUCCGUGAGGCGGAGCCAGUUCAGGAGACGAAACGUCAUGUCUCUGAGCGACGCCUACAGCGUUUGUCUGAUCUGUCACAACGACUUACAGCAAGGCAGCGGCGGCACCAGAGAGCUGCAGUGUACACACACCUUCCACAAAGAGUGCAUCGAGGAGUGGCUGUGGAGGAAACAGUCAUGUCCAACGUGUCACGUCCAGGUGUUGGUCCCUCAGCCCGUCUACUGGAGCUCCACCCGGGUCAAGGUGCCCUGAAGCUGGACCCCUGGACCCACCUGGAACCACUGGCAGUUUAUAUGAACUAAAGACUUGUUCUUCACCUGGUGACCCGUCAGACUGACCCAGCGACCCCUGAAGGUUGGGAACCAGAGGUUGAAACACAUUAAACUACUAGUAGAGGAAGCAGUGAAAGAUUCCUGUAAUAAAUCCUGGAUUUUAUUCUCUUUCUGUCAGUCCUUCCCCCUGGCUGACUCAGAAUCAGCUUCUAUCUACAGUAAAAUAUAAUAAUAAUCACAUUUAAUGAAACAUUGAAGCUCCAUCUGAUUAUUAAAAUAAAUGUGAAACCAGCA